CAUAUUGUUGUCCACAUAUAUUUUACUUGGACCACCUUGCAUUGCCUCCUCUGAGUUGGGGGCAUUUUCCUAGGUCAGAGGUGUGGACAGAGAAGAAGUUUGUUGCUGCAAUCCAAGCUGAUUUGCUACCAUCACUAGACUAUGGGAAAGUGAAGACUGUUGAUGUUGCGUAUGGGGAACGGAAUCCUAUGGUUGGAAGGGACUCAUGCCAACCGUUAGAAGUCCGCGUUGCAGAUGAGGUAUUGGAUAUGAUCAGGCCGUUGUAUGAGAGAAUGGAGAAGAAAUUGGAGAAGAAAAUUGAGAAGAUCUUUGAGAAGAACAUGGAGAAGGUAUUUGAGAAGUACAUGGAGAAGGAAUUGGAGAAGAAUUUGGAGAAUAUUUUAAAAGCAAGCAACCAUGUACCGACGUUUAAGGGUGUGCCGAAGGAAAGGUCUCUUGUUUGUAGGUCCCCUAAUCCUAGUCAUGUGGGCAGUUCUGGCUCAAGCUCAAUCAAGGAGCGAGAGUUGGACAAGGGGGAAUAUAUAAACUCUGUUUCUGAUACUUUUAAUAAGUUGGAUGACUUUGUUGCUGUUGGGAAUAUGUCAAUGAAGAUUUCAGAAGUGGUUGCGGGUGUGUCAUCGUCUCAUCGAAGGUGCUUUAUGAAUUUCUUGAUGAUGAUGAGGGGGGGAGUGGUGGAAAUGGGAAUGGGAUUGGGAAUAGAGCUGGUGGGAAUGAUAAUGAUGGGAAUGAGGGGAAUGGGACUGGGAAUGGAGCUGGUGGGAAUGAUAAUGAUGGGAAUGGGGGGGAUGGGACUGUGGGGAAAGCUGCUGCUGCUGAUGUGGGGGGGAAUGGGACUGAUGAUGGUGGGAAUGGGAAUGGGACUCAGACUGCAUUGCUAAAGGCUGGGGAUAACAUUGUCCUGGCCAGGAAGGAAAA